GACUUCCCUCAGGUAAAAUUCCAAGAUGGUGGACACAUAGCGAUGGAGUGCGUGUUUUCGGAGCAGUGUGCAGGUUUUUCCGGUCCUGUGAAGGCAUAAACAUGGGAUCUUAGUUUUUCAAAAGCUGAAAUGCACAGUCAGGAUUGAACUAACCACAUAAUUGUGUGUUAGCUAUAGCCAUAUUUGUAUCUUCACGCUAACACACCAGACAAGUACAAUGGCGGACAGUGACCUCAGUAUGCAGUAUGAACAGCAGCAGGUGAUGAUUGAUCAGCUGAAGGUUAUGAUCAGGGAACGAGAGGAGGCCCUUCUCACCAAAGACAAGGAGCUACAAGAGACAAAUGCCAAAUUUUCAAAGUUAAAGCUACAGGCAAAGGCUCGGGUAGCUAAGGAAGCUAAAGCUGGGUCUUCAAAGAAGUCCUCAUCGGAAGCAGCCGCAGAAACUAAGGAUGGUGGCGGUAAAUCUGAGUCGGAUUCAAGUGACAAAGUCCACAGAGCUAAGAUGUUGAUGUUGACAAAGAAGCUGGAAGAACGAGACAAGGCAAUAGUAGAGAAAGAAGAGAUCAUAACAUUUCGCGAUCAACAACUGGAGUCCAAAGUUCACCUGAUACAUGAACGGGAUCAGAUGAUACAGAGAUUGACAGAACAGUUGGAGGAAUGUUCCAAGAUGGCUGGUCAAGCAACAACUUCAGGAGACGAUGCAAGCUCAGAGAUCCAACAGAUGUAUGCUCAGAUUGUCUACAAAGACAGGAAGAUCCUGGACCUUAACAACAAGAUCUUGGAGCAAGAACAGAAAGUGAUGGAUAUCCAAGAAUUUGUGUCGGAAAAGGAUGAGGUCAUCCGAGGAAGGGAUAAAGUUGUGAAGAUCUUACAGAUGACAAUUGAGGAGACGGAACAACGAGCUACUAGUCAGGCUCUCCUGAUCGCUAAACUUUCGGCUAAGGUUGAGGACAGUGAAGAGAAUCUCGCCCACUAUAAGGAGCAGGUCAGCAAAACUGAUCACAACUUAAAACAGGAGUCAGACAAAUUCAAUCUUCGCCUGCAGGAGUCACAAAAAUAUUUUGAGGAAACAGUCCAAGAGAGGGAAGCAGAGAUAAAGAAAUUAAGAGCAGAUGCAUCUAAGAAGGAUGAGGAAAUUCUAACCAGAGAAAAUGAUCUGAGGGAGUUGAUAACAAAACAUGAAAAGGAUGUGCAACGAAUUAUGGCUAGGGAUGAAGUGAACAUUCAAGAUCAUGUACUUCAAAUGCUGGAACAGAAGUUAAAAGAUACCAACUCUGUCCUUGAUGGGAAAAUCAAGGUGAUAGAAACACUGCAACAAGAAAUAAGUGAAAAAGAUAAACACAUUGCUGAGAGCUACGAUAUCCAAAAAAGCUUCAGGGAAAAGUUACAGGUGACUUCAGAACAGUUAAUGUUAGCGCAGGCUGAAAACUUGGACAUGGAGGUACAAUGGAGAGAAGAAAAGAAAAAAAUGGAUGAAAAAUUUCGAGACUUGCUUGAGAAACACGAGAUGGAAAAGACAGAAAAGGAAAUGAAUAUGCAGACAAUGCAAAGUCACUUGUCUCAGUAUCAGUCGGCUUACACUCAGGCUGUGUCUCAAUAUAAUGCCCUGCAGAACCGCUACCAACAUUCUAUAAGGCCUGGCGGGGCUGUAUCACAGACUGACGUGCCACCUAUUGAACCACUGGUAGAUCCUGUGGCAGAAUCCAACGCGGUGCUUGUCAAGGAGCUUAGACAGAGCUUACAGGAGAAGGAACGAGAAUUAUCUGAGUUAAUGUCAUCACAGACUCUGCUUGAUGAGACAAAAGGUCUGUUAGCAGAGAAAGAGAAGGAAUUAGCUGAUAAGGAGGUGGAACUGAAGGAGAUGAGGAAGUCAACAGAAGGAGGUGGAGCUAAGGCAGAUACCAAGGGUCUCAAGGACAAGGCUAAACUCACUGCCAAAGUCAAGGCGUUGGAGAAAGAGCUAACACAGCUGAAAAAGAGUGGGGACUUGUCAUCAGAACUGGAUUCUCUGAAGAAUAAGAUAGCAGAGCUUGAAGAUGAGAAAGGGACAAUGGAGAAAGAGCUACAAGAAACCAGAUCCGUGGUUGAAGGCCUGAGGACAGAGAUAUCAGAACUCUCCCAUCAGUUGUCUACUGUUAAGGAGGAGAAGGAGAACAUCAGCUUGGUGAAUAAAGAUCUGCAGACAACAUCACAACAGAUUUCUGAAUUGGAACAUGCCCUGGAAGUCGAAAGAGGAACAAACAAACAGUUGAAGGAGGAAAUAAACAACCUGCGAGCCCUUUGUUCAGAAGCAGAGAGCAAAGCUGAUCAGCUUGACCAGAUGAUCCAGCACUUGACUACUGAACUACAGACUGCCCAGCAGACUGGACAUCAGAAAGAGUUAGACUGGACAGAAAAACUAGCAGCACUGGAAGAACAACUUCAAAGAAACCAGGAAUAUCUGAAGACAGAGACACAGAAAAAGGAAGAAGCAGAAACACAGCUACAACGCCUGCAACAGGAGGCUGUCAUUGUUGAGCAGCAACAGCAAUCAGUCAAAGAAAAUCUGCAACAGUCCAUGGGCGAUGCUGGAUCAUUGAAACUCACAGUAGCCUCACUGACAGCUGACCUGGAUGCUAGAACGGAACAGGUGCAAACACUUGAGCAGCAAGUUGCUGCAAUAGACUCCAUGGCCCAGGAAUAUUCUACCAAGUUGGAAGCGGAAGUGAAUUCCAAUAAGGAGAUAAGAAGCCAGUUAGAGGACAGUAUAGAAAAGCUCCAUAGUGAAUUGACAGAUCUUAAAAUUUCUGCUGCUGAAAAGGAUGAAAAGAUAAGUGAUUUAGAUUCUCAAAUAUCAAAACAGUCGCAAAUGUUAGAGGAAAAGUCUGAAGAAUUUUCUGAACAAUUGAAUCAUGAAAAUGAAAUACGUGCUCAAUUAGAAUCAGAUUUAGAAGAAAAACAAAGGAUUUUAGUGGAGAGGAGUCAGUCGUUUUCAAAUGAAUUAGAAAAUCUUUCAUCCAAACUUUGUCAAAAAGAAGCUGCAUGUCAGCAUAUUGAAUCUGAAGCCAACAAUCUCAGAGAGACAAUUCGUAAUGGAGAAAGUGAGAAAGACAAAUUGCAAGAGCAGUUGUCAAACUUAACUAGUGAAAUUGAGAUUUUGAAAAAUGGUCUUUCAGAAAGUGAUGAAAAGUGUGAAUCUUUGAAAAAAGAUGUAGAAACUCUUAAAGGAGAUUUACUUCAUGCUACGACUUCUGUGGCAGAGUUUACUAGUCGAAAUGCUUCUCUAGAACGUAGUUUAGAAGAAUCUGUGAUUGUAUGUCAAGAAAAGGAUAGGACACUACAACUUCUGACUUCCAAUGUGGAGGAUAGUAAAAGUGAAUUACAAAACCUCAAUCAGCAGAAAGAGGAACGGAUGCAAAGUCUUCUGGAAGAAAUUUCCCAUGCUGAAACUCGGAUACGAGAAAGUACAUUGGAGCUGAAUUCUGUGAAAUCUGAAUUAGAAACAAGGAAUUCAUUAUCAAGUGAAAACGAAAGUGUGUUAGAAAAAUAUAAAGAAAGAACUAAGGAACUGGAGGAGAGUCUAGCUUCUGUUUCUGGUGAAUAUUCAAAUGCUCAAAAAAGUGCUUCACAAACUAUUGAAAGCUUAUCACAGGACAAUGAUUCGCUACAACACACACUGAAUCUUCAUCAAGAAAGUUCCUCAAAAUUAGAGGAAGAAAAUGUGACUUUCGAACAAAAAUUGGAACAGCUCUCAAAGGAAUAUACGACUCUUCAAACCAAACUGCAAUCUCAAAAUGACGAAAUGGAAGUGCUAAGGGUUAAACUGAAGGAAUCUACCAAUAUGUGCCAUAAAACGGAGGAAGAACUGCGUACUUCAGUUGCAGAACGAGAUGCAUUACAGGACAAAUUACAGCAUAUUCAACAGGAGAAGGAAGAUCUGUCGAGCCAGCACGAACAGAUGACAAUAGAAAUAGAGAGACUUCGCCAAAACAACGAGGAGAGUGAAGCUAGCCAUAUACCUGAUGUAGGAGUAAAAGACAGUGAGCUUUCCUCAAAAGACACAGAGCUUCUCAAUAUCUCAAUGAAGUUGCGGGAAACUGAACAAAAAUUCAAUGAGUUGGAAGACAUUCUUCAGGCGGAAAGGAUUGAGAAAGAGGCCUUACAAACACAGCAGUUGGAGAUGAAUGCGAGAGAUGAAUCAUCAGAUGAAAAAGACAGUUUGGCGAACGAGUUAAAGAAAUUGAAGAAAUUAUGUAAAGGGAAAGAUGCAAAGAUCAACAAGCUCAUGAAAGAACAGGAAGAGAAACUUGCAUCAGUCACUAGAGAUUUUGAAGAAAAGAUGACCAUUCAAAAUGAAGAUGGUGAAAAGUAUCAAACAUUAAUGCAGGAGAAAGAAGGCAUUGAAGCAGAAUUGCAGAAACUCCAAAAGCUUGCAAAGAGCAGAAGUGUAAAAACUAAGAAGUUUGAGGAAGUUGUUGCGGAACAGGAAAAGAUUAUUGCAUCUAAAGAUACUGAACUUUUCAUUAUUCAGGAAAGGGUUAAAGAGCUCACAGAAAAAGUUGAAGAUGCACAAUAUGAAGAGGAUGCACUAAGGAACCAUCUGGAACAUGAAAGCAAAGUUCAGGAAGAGCUAAGACUGAGGUGUAAAAGUCUGCAAAACCAGAUCGAUGUGAUGAGUCGGGAGUCACAGAUAGAGAAGUUGCAUGUAUCCAGUGUAAUGUCUCAUUUGGAACAGUGUCAGGUAGAAUCAGAUGAUGUGACAGCUAAAUUGAUGUCAGAAAAGACGACUUUGGAUCUGUCACUGGCUGAAAAAAUGGCAAAUGUUAAUGAUCUGCAAGAAAACUUGACCUCUGCUCUACAAGAGAAAGAAAGAAUAACUGUUGACCUGAAGAAGAUGCAAAAGAUUGUCAAAGGGAAAGAGGCUAAGUUGAGAAAAAUGGAUCAAGCCAUGUCUGAAAAAGAGGAAAUGCUCAAAGUGAAAGAGGAUGCUGUAAAACACUUGCAAGUUAUCUGUGAGGAGAUGAAAGAAAAAUAUGAAGAGACUAUGGAUGAAUUAGAAAAAUUAGCGAAUGAAAAUGAAAAGCUGCAAAAAGUUGGAAAAGGUAGGCAAAAGAAGGCUCAAAAGUUUGAGGAAGUGGUAGAGGCACAGGAAAAGGUGCUAGCUAGCAAAGAUACUGAUGUCCUUAUACUACAAGAGAGAGUGAAAGAUCUUGCAAUAAAACUGGAUGAGGUUGAGGAAGACAAUGAAGAUGUUCAUCAUCGCUUGAACGACAGUCAACUGACCACAAAAAGCUUGGAGGAUAAAUGUAAUGAGUAUGAAGCAUAUGUGUCCCAACUUAGCAACAGCAUAUCACAAAAGGAAAGCGAAAUUUUAUCAUUACGUGAAGAUGUUACUAAUUUGAGCUGGGAGAAGGAAAAUUUGAUGAAAGAAAUCCAGGAAACAAAACAGCAGGUACUGAGUAAGGAGCAGACUAUAUCAGAUAUUGUUUCACAGUUAGACUCUGUAAAAGAAGAAAAAGAGAAACUAAUGAUGGAAGUAAAUAUACUUAGGGAAGGAGAAACGGAUUCUGUGAAAAAAGAAAGGGAUCAACUGAUGAAUGAAAUUGAUCGACUUAAGAAAGUAGGGAAAGGCAAAGCUGCAAAGGUGCAAAAGUUUGAGGAGAUUGUGGCUAAACAGGAACAAAUAUUAGCUGAAAGGGACACAGAUGUGUUAAUGCUGAAGGAACGUGUCAAGGAACUCUCCGAUAGUCUUCAACAUGAGUCUCAAAUUGUAGACGAGUUAGAAUUAGAGGCAGAGAGGUCCCGAUACUGGGAGGACAGGUUCACUGAAUUGGACAUAAAAAACAAGGAAUUAAACAAAUUCAUCGAGGAAAAUAAGGCAAUGUAUCGCAGUGGUGGUGAUAAUAUUGAUGAGUCUUUCUCCAUGUCGGAUCAGAGAGCUGAGGCAGAGGUAAUUGAACCUGUGUUUGCUGCUCAGUCUAUGCAGUCCUUGAUGACAAGUACACCAAAGCGACAGGAAGGGAAAAUGGAGGAACAAAUGAAACACAGGUAUGAGAAUGAUCUAGAAGAGAUAAAACGUCAGGCUGAAAAGGAGAAACAUGAACUAGAAGCUUCUUUGAACAAACUCAAAACUCUUUGCAAGGCAAAGGAUGCAAAAAUAUCUAAACUGACCAAGGGAGGGAAAGGCAAAAAGAAAGAGGAUGCUAAUGCUUCUACAUUGGAUGCGGAAGUAUCUACCCUGAUGUAUGAGUUGGAAAAAAGUAAGGAAGAAGUAUCAGUAAAAUGUUGUGAAAUAGAAUCUCUAGAAAAGUCAUACAGGGAGGACCAAGAGAGACUGGCAUCUUUACAACAAAUCUUAGAUACUAACCAAGCCAGUUCGGAGGCUAAGGAUGUGGAAAUUCUCAAGCUGAAAGAACAACUUAAAGGUUAUGGAGAUUGGCACGAAAAUGCAGUAUUGGGCUUAAAGACUUCAGUAGCAGAUCUACAGAAGGCAUGCGAGGAAAAGGACGCUUUGUUGGCACAGUGGCAACAAUAUGGAGACAAUACACAAAGCCAAGUUAACUAUCUCAUGCAGUUUGAGGCACAAUGCCAGCAUAUGCAGACUGAGUUGGCCAGCGCUAAGGAAACUAUUGAGAACUUGGAAGAAACCAAACAAGAAAAUUUAAACAAGGUAACUUCUUUGGAACGUGAAAUUGAGGACAUGAAGGUGGAAUUAAAUAAAAACUCAGAUAAUGAUGAAAUGUAUCGCCAGUUGGAAGUGCAGCACAUGGAACUUAAGAAUCUUGACAAAUCACGAGCUGAUGAUCUUGCUUAUAAAGACCAAGAGAUCAUGUCCAUCAAAGAGGACAUGGAAAACUUGCGGUUGACACAGGCAGAUGUGUUGAAGGGGUUACAUAUCCAAAUACAGGAAAAAGAUACAGAAUUGUCAAAUUUACAACACGCCUUGAACCUUUCUCAGGACAAUCGGCUUGGAAACCAAGCCAAACUUGAGCAUAUCAGUACAACACUAUUGCAGAUGGUCAAUGACUUUGAUAAAACCCAAGGAUUGCCUUCCCAAAAGAUUGAGAGUGCUGGUGACAGCGAGAUGAAUGAUGUUGAAAAAUGUUUGCCACUUACUAGGAAGUUGAUAACUUAUUUGAAAACAACGGUUGAGGAGCUGACGGAAAAAUGUCGAGAGAAAGAUGAGUGUUUGUCCAUUUUAAAUGGUGAAAACAAAAAUUAUUCAGAAAGAGCUAGAAAUUUGGAACACAGUCUUCAUAACUUGGAACAGUCCUACAGGGAAAUUCUGUUUGAUGUCGAGAUGAAGGAUUCUAAGAUUUCUUCUCUGGAGGAAAGUAUUCAAAUUAUGCAAUCCACAGGUCAGAGUAGUGAACAGUCUUUGCAGGACAAGGAUUUAGAAAUGCAUGAAUUGCAUAUGCAGAUUCAACGUCUGAAGGACAACCUGUCUCAUCAAGGUGGUGAGAUGCAGAAUUUACAGGAGUUAUACUCGCGUCAGUGUGAAAAACUGGAAGAGACUCUGGAGUCUUUGGAAGAAUCAGGUCAGCUAUAUGGUCAGCGACUCCAAGAAAAGGUGACUGCAAUCUCAGAAUUACAAGAUGAAAUCGUACAACACCAGCUGGCUACACAGGAGGCAGUGCAAAAAGUACAAGAGAAAGAAUCUCUGACCAAUGAACUUCAAAACAUCAUUCAAAACCUUGAGGAAACUAAUACUAAGCUGCGUGUUAAUGCUGAGGACAAGGAUACAGUGAUAAGAAGUCAUGAAAUCAAAAUGGCAAAUAUGGAGAAUCAACUUGAGAAACAGAUUAAUUCAACACGUGAUCUUCAGCACCAAUACAAUGACCAAAUGGAAAAACAAAACCAAAUGAUACGAGAUAUUGAAGAAUUCAAUGAUGCAAGUUCAAAAAGGCUGCAGGAGAAAGAGAUCGCCCUUUUAGAUUCAAUGAAAUUGUUGAGUCAAGCACAAGCAUCACAGGUGGAGCUAGAAACAGCUAACUCACUAUUGAAGGAUGAGUUGGUAGGCAAGGAAACAGAGUUAUCAGGCUUAAAACAAACAUUGGGUCAGGUUGAGGAAUCUUCAAAAACAAAUCUUAAGUAUUUGAAUGAACGUGAUGGUGUUAUUGCGGAACUUCAGGGAAAUUUGACCAGGUCUGAGGGAUUGGUUCGUACCCAAGCAGCCAGUAUUUUAGAAAUGGAAAACAGACUUGAAUCUGUACUUCAUGAACUGAAAUUAUCACAGGAAACAUCAGACCGACUUAAGGACACUAUGACUGAAAAAGAGGAUGCUCUACAGAAACAACUACAAAUAUGUUCCAAUCAAAAUGAAAAUUUACAAAAUUUAAACCAAAAGGCAAUUCAGUUACAAGAUCAGCUCAAAUGCGUUGAAGGCAAUUUGCAUCAGUCAGAGGAACAUAACCAAAAUCAAAGGGAAGAACUUAUGACCUUGGAGCAAAAGUAUCAAUGUCUGCUGGCAGAAUACAACACCAGGAAUGAGCCUCAAACAUCAGUAGAAGGCAAAAUGCAAAUAGAAAAGAUACAGCCUUUGAGGUCAUCACCCUCUCAAAAAGAUGGAGUUGUGGAAGAUAUGACCAAGGAAACAUCUCAUUCAUUGGGAUCAGUUCCCCGAGAAAGCUCACACCUUGAGGAGUUGAAUGCCCAGGUCCAGUCCUAUGCAGAAGCGGCAAGCCGUUUACAGAUGGACUUGGAAAAAAUGGAGGAAGACAGAAAUAAAUCUAGGUCAGAUUUGGAAAGAUCUAACUCAGAACUCGAAAAAUUAAGGUCAGAGUCACAGAAAGAAUUAGAUGAAUCUAAGUCUGUGAUGGAAAGGUUAGAGAGAGAAUUGGAGGAAUCUAGGUCAGAGGUGAAAAGGUCACAGAGAGAAUUAGAGGAAUCAAGGUCAGAGGUAGAAAGGUCACAGAGAGAGUUGGAGGAAUUAAGGUCAGAGGGAGAAAGGUCACACAAGGAUGCAGAAGAGUCGAGGUCAGAGAAAGAAAAGUCUUACUUAGAACAAGAAAUAUUGCAGUCAGAACUUAAAAGAUGUCAAAAUGAUUUAGCAAACAGCAUCUCAACUGUAAAAGAUUUGGAAAAGGUCAUUGCUGAGCAACAAACAACACUAGCACAAACACAAGAGGAAAGCCGCUAUUGGAUCACUGAGGCAGAACGUCUGAAGGAUUCAUUGGAAAAUGUCACUGCAACUAUGGAAAGUUUAAAAACUGGAGCUUCAGAUACUGAGACUGAGUUAGUCGAAACUAUUGAAAAACUGAACACUGAUUUGAGAUCUCGGAACCAGGAGCUUGAAAGAGUGAGAGACAUCGAGAGAGAACUGAGAGCAGAUUUAGAAAUUCUUCAACAGCAGACAGAAAGUGAAUCUCAGAUCAAAAGAUUAUUGCAGGAACAGUUGCAACAGACAGGACUGGAACUGCAGAGCUCCAAACAGGAUAUGGACAAGUUACGUGAGGAGGAGAUGAAAGACCGGCAGAAUCUGGAGCAUCAACUUGAAAACACAUCUCAACAAUGCCAAGAAAAACAGUUGAAAAUAGAAUCACUUUUGGGUAAUUUACAGGAAAUGGAAGAAAGACUGACACAGAUGGAGAACAUGGAAGAAAAAUUAUCUCAAAUGACAGACACGGAAGAAAAAUGCGAAAGUCUCCAAGCUCAAAUUGUUGCCAAUGAAAGUGAGUUGGAGAGCAUGAAGAAAACUGCAGCAGACAAGGAACUCCAAUUCAAGAAAGCCCUCGCAACUGCCAAGAAACUCAAAUACCAGCUCACACAAGCAAAUCUUGCCAAGGAUGAUUUAGCUGCAAAACUGGAAGCUGCAAGUAAACAUGCUCAAGCUACAAGUGAAGAAGAAGCUGGUGUUGAUGAGAGUUCUGUGAAGGAAAGUAAUACUAAACAGGGCUCUGCAAAUCCAGACAGUAAAGAUCGUAUCCAUGAACUUGAAAGUCAGCUCAAGGCACAUACAGAUUUCUCACAACAGUUGCAAGAGAAGAUUCAAAACCUCACUGAGUCAGCUGCCACUUUUGAGAAAGAACUGAAAACCAAAGAUAGUCAAAUUGUUAGCAUUCAAACAGAAUUAAAUGCUAUGCAAGAUGAACUUUCCAAGUAUGUAUUGGAGAAUGACCAAUUACAACGUAAUUUGAAGGAUCAGGAGAGGACAAUCAGUGAAUUUUCUGUUUCAUGUGAGGAAAAGGAAAACAUGUGUUCAGAACUUCAACAGAAACUUUCUGGAGCUGUUGAUCAGUGUGCUGAGGCAGAAGCAAAGCGAAGCAAUAUGGAGGUAGAGCUUGUCUCUUUACAGGAUGUGGUUAAAACCAAUAGCAACGCUCUGGAGGAAAAAGACAGUUUGUGCCAAAUGCUUCAAACCCAGGUGCUAGAACUUUCUUCAAAGCUAGAGGGAGUUGCCCGUGACAACGAAACUCAAUCUGAAACAGUGGCUCAAAAUCUUCAGGAUGAGGUAAAGAAUCAGAAGGAGACAAUUGAAAACAUAUCACAGAAUCUCCAACACUGUCAGGAAUUAUUGCAAGAACGAGAUACAAAGCUAAAUGAAUAUAAUUCUCAUGUGGCAAAUCUGGAAUCAUUGUUACAGUCUUUACAAGGUGAAAUUCGUGAGAAAUGUGAACUAGUGAAAACAUUAGAGACCAAUGUUGGGGAACUCACUCUGGAAAAAGGGCAGAUGGAGGAGGAAAGACAGACAUUUGUUAAGGAAACUGGACAGGCAAAAGAGGAUCUAGACCGAAUGUCACAGGAACUUGAAGAGACGCAUCAGAAAAUUGUACAGUUAACAACUGACCUGGAAAACAAGGAAGAGGCGAUGACAUCUGUUUAUUCUAGUGUUAAAAAUGUCCAUCCCACUGUCACAGAAAAGGCAAGCAGUGCUACUACAAUUGAGGAUGUUCUAGCAUGUAUUGGGGCAGUCAUAGACACAAAAACUGCAGAGGUUGUCCAGCUUAAUGCCCAGCAACAGAUGCUAGCUGACCAAAUAUCUUCUCAACAAAACAAUUUGGAACAGCAGAAUGCUUCUUUACAGGAUGAACUGAGAUCAGAAUUAGAACAACAGUCUAAACAAAUAGAAAUUGAGCGCACUGAGUUGAAGAACAGAAUUGCUUCAUUGGAUCAGGACAAAUUGCAAUCAACCAAUCAGAUUUCUCAACUUCAAGAUGAAAACUCAAAACUAGCUAAUCAAAUGACAGCAUUGCAAGGUGGCUGUACAGAAAUGGAAGCCCAGUUAAGAAAUCUCCAAUCUGCAGAAGAAGAAAAAGCACAAUUUGAGAAUCAGAUAGAAUCAUCAGAAAAAGAAAUGAGAAGCCUAACCAAGCAAAUUGAUGAUCUUAGAAGUGACAAGGAAUCGAUGAUGAAAGAGCUUUCUCUUUCGGUAGACCUAGGAAAGGAAGCAGAUCAAUUAAGAUCAUCAUUGCAAGAAUUAGAACAUGAAAAAUCUCAGCUUUUAUCGGAGCUCCAGACUGUUAAUGGCAAUUUACAGGAGCAUAAGGAAAAUUAUGAGCAGAUGGAGUUAGAAUUUCAGCAAACCAAAGAAGUGGCAUUGCAGGCAAAGAAAGCAAAUGACAGACUUGUGAUGGAAUUGUCAGAAAAAUCAGAGGAUAUGGAGGAAAUUCAGAACAGAUUUACACAACUUUUGACGAAACUUGAGACUGUAAGUGAUGAAAAUAAUCAGCUACGAGAGAAAGUGUCAAGUUUACCAACUAUUCAGAAAGAUCCGGAUACUGAAGAGAAAAUUAUUGAUAAUGAAGAAGGAUGGGGUGACUGGGGAGACACUAUUGAGAAAGAACAGGUACAUCCAUUGAAACAAUCAGCUCCACUGGAAACUAAUUCUACUACCAUUGAUGAAAGCAUAAAGGCACAAGAAGAGCUGAAGGAAAAAUAUGCUCAACUGCAGAAAGACCAUGAUCGGGUAACAAAUAGUUUAAAAGUUACAGAAUCCAAGAGUGAGAAAAUGUUGCUUAAAUUGAAGGCUUUCAAAACUAAGAAUGAGACAUUGCAGAAAGAGGUUCAUCACCUAAAGGAAGAACUAUCACAGACAAAACUAUCGCCAGAGAAAGUCGAGGAUGUUAGUAAGUUACAGCAGGAUUUGGCUAGUUUGUCUGGACGCUUAGAUGGGGAAGUUCAAAAGAACCAGAAAAAUCAAUUAGAUAAGGAAAAUAUGGAGAAGGCCAUGAAUGACCUUCAAAUGGCCUUGACACAGGAGCGAACAAAAAAUCAAGACAUUAUCAUAAUGAUGGAAUCUUUGACCAAGGAAAAAUCAUCUGUCAUGCAGGAGAUCGAUGCUCUUAGGUCACAAAUAGCUGCAGUUCAGUCACAGAAUGAUGAAAUAAGUAAUGCUUCAGAGAAAGAGAAGGAAACUUAUCUUACAGAAUUAAAAUCAUUAAAAGACAUCAACAAUAAGAUGCAGACAGAAUUGAAUGACUUACAGAAAAGGAGUGAUUCUCUUCAGUCAGCUUUGACAACAAUGGAACUCGACUUUGAAUCAUCCCAGCAGAAAGCAAGUGAUGCAGAGAGACAGUUAAAGGAUAGUCUGUCACUCUGUGAUUCAUUAGAAAGUGAAAAUAAGACAUAUCAAGAAAUUUUGGAGAAUAUGAAAGUAGCCAAUCAGAAGCUAGCUCGUGAGAAGGAAAUGGCUGCCAUUGCUUUACGACACUCUGAGGAGAAAAGUCAAAGUUCUACUCAAAAUACUGAUGGAUCAGUGGAAGAAAUUCAAAGCCUUAAAGAGAAACUUGAAGAAUUGAAAAUGGAAGCAGAAGGUGUAAAAAGUCUGAAGGAGAAAAUAAAAGCACUGGAAACAGAAAGGGAUGAAAUAACAGAAGAAAUGGAUGGACUUCAGGAGGAUUUGAUAGCAGAGAGGAAAGAGAAGAAGACCUUGAAAGAAGAAGUGGAAUCAGCAAAACAGCAACAGGUUCAAUCCUCUGGAGUGUCCGAGGAAGAGGUUAUGAAAUUAAGAGAACAGGUCAAACUUCUAAACGACAAGAAUGAUGGCUUGAGCUGGAAAAUUGAGGAGCUCACAGCAGUAGAAGAGGAGUUGAACGAUGUUCAGACAGAACUGGACUUGACUAAGGCUGAGCUAACCAAAACUAUUAGAGAGAAAGAAAAUCUGUUGGAGCAGGCUAGUCGAAUGUCUCUUCAUGCUCAGUCGAUGGGAGAGAACCAGAAUAAUGCUUCCAGCGAGUGGCGAAUUAAGGAUGAAGACUAUGACAACAAACUGAAGAGGAAGAUUGAGGAGUGUCAGGAUCUGGAGGAAAGGUAUGAUUCUCUUAUGGAAGACCUUAAUGAGUCAAAUACAGAAAACGAUGAAUUAAAGCUUAAGUGUGCACAGUGGAAACUGAAGGUGGAAUUGUACGAUGCUAUGGAGGAGGAAUAUAAAGUCAUGAAAGACAAAUAUAACAAGUUACUCUCCGAGAGGCAGGUUACAUCUCCGCAGUCUGGUGCAGAUCAGUCUCAGUCACAGGACACUAAAGCCUUGGAAGAGAAGUGCAGCAGGCUGGAGCAACAGGUGCAGGAACUGGCAUCUGUUAGUCACUGAUGAUAUUGAUGGGGAGGACCUGAGACAGAGGCUCGAGGAAAUGGAGGAGAAAUACGACUUGGUGAUGGAAGAAUUAAAUGAGGCCAUGACGGAGAACGAUAAUGUUACACAAAAGAUGCUGGCGUC